UUGGCUCAGGGUGAGCUUCUUUUUCGUCGCGGCACGUGAGUUUCUAAUUCCGUGCAAAGUUGUUGAAGUUUCUUGGGGAUUUGUUCUACACGAGGGCUUUGCCUGACUUUGCACCGAAGGCAGCUCGGUGUGCACCCCUGGAGUACCCAGACUUAUUUGUUGUUCGAUAUCUUUAUACUUACUGGAAAAUUAAUUGGACGUUUGGGAGUCUGCAUCAUGUUUGAAAAAGUUUGAGCGCCCGUCAUGUGUUAAGUGCGAAUAUGCAUUUUGAGGAGGAACUGGUAGAACUCCCCCAAAUUUUGAUCAACAGCAAAAUUCAAAGUCUUAACUAUACUUGGAACUGCUCAGAGAGGUUAAAUGUCUGUGAGAAAUGGAUAAAGUGGUGGAUGGAGUGCCAGUCUUCAAUCUUUGGAGCACUGCAAAUGAUGUUAUUCAUAAGAGAUGGUUGCCGAAUGAUACCAAAAAAUCUUCAUUGCAACUGAAAUUGAAUAGUUCAAUCUUUCCACAGCAUCCUGAAGAAACAAAAUCAGGUUCACAGUCUGUCAAGAUAACCCGUGGACCUUUUGUGAGUGAAAGGAAGGCGUUUUUUGAAUCUCAAAUGAAAUUACCAGUUACAAAGGAGCAAGCAAAGUGUGGCAGAAUCCCAAAGACAUUGAAAGUCUGCAAACCGAAAACAGCUGCUACCAGUAUUGUGGAAAGUGUCCAAGGCCCAUGUAAUUUUUUGAAGUCAGAGGAGUGCAACAGAUGUCCAAAUCAGAAUGCCAUGGGGAAAUCCUGCCUUAGAUCCUCUCCUGUCAAAGAGAAAAGAAGACAACUGAUUGGUCUCUAUCAGGCCAUUUGUGAAAAAGUUCGGCAGUCACCAUAUGACUUGAGGCAAAAUAUUUUGGAAAAUUGUAAGGAAAAGACAUCUUCAAGCCUACAAGACCGACUGCGGUGUUUGCUCAUUGAGGAAUCUAAUAGUCGGGAAAAGAAAGAAUUGAGAUCCAAAUGGCAAAAUCUGGAACCAAAUGAUCACAGUUUUGAUUCCACGUCGGAGCGUCAUCUGUCUUUAAAACCUUUGAAGAAAUAUCAGAGAUCAGCAUUUCUGGAGUCCGAGAGUGCCGUUAAUUGUUUGAGAACCAACAGCAUUCCAAGAGCCCCUGAGGUUGUCAGUUCUCGGCAAAUGAGCUUACCUCUUGAUAAAGCACAUGGACAAUCAAUUUUGAACAGCACUGCAAACAAUGAAUUCCAGCAGAACCACAGAGAUAUUUGCAGCAGAAAUGUCUGGGGAAAUCCAGCAAACGAGCACUAUUUAACAUAUUAUGCAAAUCAAGAUUUUGCAACAGGAAAACCUGUAAAUCCAGAAAUUGCGAAUAAACUCACUGCAGCCCACUGGCCGACUGACCUUGUUAUUGGCCCACAGUCUGACAUAAGGAUUGGUUUCUCAACUCACUCUGUGGCUUCAGAGGGUCAUUCAGCAUUGCCAGAUAAAAGCAAUUCUCUUCAUUACUCUGCCAACCAAAGAGUGUCACGUUUGGCAAAAUGUUGUGAAGCUAAAUGUGACCAAGAGCCUAAAGGAAAGGUGUGUUCUGAUAAACUGCUAUUGAAUGAACUGUUUCUUGAAGAAAAUCCACAUCAUGACCCUGUUCAAUUUCCUGUCUUCCCGGUGAAAAUCCCAGUAAUAAAUGAGACCUGCAAACAGCAAAAAGAACCAGCUGCAUCUCGACUACACUCCACUGCUGAAAUCGAUCGUUUGGAGAAAAGGCCAAGCCAAUCAGAUCCUUCUCUUGUGCUGUGUUCACCACAAAAACUAAAAAUAAAUUAUCGUAGCCAUCACGAAUUAAUGAAUUCAGAGACGGGUGCAGACGAUGAUACUAUUCGAAGCCAAAGUGACAAUAGUACAGAAGAGAGCAAGGCAAAAAUUCAGUUCAAGUCAAUGUCUUUAACCAAACUCAAUGAUGAUGGUGCACAAGAAUUUGAUUCUUCUUAUCUAAACUCAUUGGCUCAGGCGUCAAACAGUGACUUGGUAUCCUCUGCAUCCACAACCUUGUCACAAAUGGAAGAUAUCAGACAACUUCUGCAAUCCCUGGAAGCAGAUUACCAGAAACUGGUUGCACUUCUUUCAAGGGAUAGCAGGACACCACUGACACAUCGAAAGUUAAAGCAGAAAGGGCUGAGCACAGUGAAAAAUGGCAAACUGUGGGCGCAGCUGAAAUUACAGCGGCAGAAAGAUAUUUGUACAGUGCAAAGAAAGUUUGCUCAUCUGGAAGCCCACAUACUGCUGCUGGUUCGAAAUAUAGCUCAAUUGACUGAAGAGAUUGGCUCCCAGAAUGCCCUGAUACAAAAAGUACUUUCAUUCCAACUUGAAAUUAAAAAAACACAGCAAGCUUGCAAUGAAGAAGUUGGGGACCAGCAUGGAUUAUCUAUGAAACAGGAUUCACCUAAUGUUUCAGAAUGUUCAUUGUAUUGUGGAGAAAGGCCUUCAAUCAUGACAAUGUUUCUGAAGAAAUUAGGAUAUGAGCACUUCGCUCCAUUGUUUGAAAAUGCUGGCAUCAGUCUCGCAGAGCUUCCUUACUUGGAUGAGAAUAAUCUGCAAAAACUCGGCAUUCCCACAGAAGCAAGGAUUCAUAUUCUCCAAGAGGUCAGAUGUACCACUUACGUAUGAGUAACAUGUACAACUCGCAUCAAUUUUCUUCUUGCAUUUCCACAACGUGCCUUCAAAUUUUGGAUUAAUUAAAGUUAAUUAAUAAAACCAUGAGAUUUCUCAUAAUACUCCUGUCACAAAAAGUGUUAACAUUUCAGGUUUUCCUUAAAUUUGACGCACACAUGCCGACCAAUGUUCAUGAUGUAAAGCAUCAAGCCCUAUUUGGACAGACUCUGUCCUUUCAUCCGAGCACACCCGCAUCACCUUGUCUCUCAUGGGGAGGAUGGGCAAGCUGAUCAGCUGUAGAAAGCAGAGGCAGUACUUGGGAUGGGUGCAAAAUAUAGCCAUUUUCUGAACCAUCCAAGGAAUAUCAUGUUUAACAUCUAAUCUAUUGUGUAUAAUUUUGAUAUUGUUAUAUGUUGUCUUCCUCCCCUCACCGUGAUCUGUAUUCAGUCCAUGGUCAAGAAAUUCUUGAAUAAUCCAUACAUGGAAGGAUACAACACUGAAAUAUUUGCUCAAUUUUGUGCAAAAUCAACUCCAAGAAUUUAGAUAUUUGGGCAAACUCAUGAAUUUGUCUCCUUGCUAUCUGGGGUCAAUUUGUUACUAUUGUUGCACUUUAUAAUGAAGGACCCUUAGCUCAUACAUUCAGGGGAGAUGUCAGCCUUUGAAACAGGAGUUCUUGUAUUAAAAAAAUUGAUUGUUAUUAUGCAUUCUGAAAAUAAUAAACAAUUUUCAGUGG